AUGAAUCCAGCCGCCCAGUAUCUCAUCACCCACAGCUUCUGGCGCCACCAUUACGAUGUCAGCACAACAAACAAAACACACCUCUUCCAUGUCGUCAACUCCACCCUCACACCAGGAAAACCGGAUCUGACCUUCCACCGGGGCCCAGACUCCAAUGGGCCCAUUGCAGGAGUGUGUAAGUUCAGACACUUCUCCUCGGACUGUGAAAUUGGGCUCGGAAAUCCUGAACGGCCCAACAAAAUGGACUGGGAAUAUCUCCAUAAGCAAGGCUUUAUGAAGCGUGUAUACUGGUUCCGGAUGCAGGUGGAGGACGGCACGAAGCAAACUUUCACCUGGAAACGAACCCACUCGCUUGGUAGUGGCCAUGAAAACUACAAAUUAGUCGAGGAGACCAGCCAGACAGUUGUUGCGGUUUUUUCUUCCGGUGGCAUCUUUUCCAAAACAACCGGUUCCUUGGAUAUCUACUUCCAUCUAGGGUCACAGUUCUACCUCAUGGCGCUUAUGUCGGCAAUUUCCGUUAUUGAGAGGGCCAGGCGUGCGAGACAGAGUUCGCAAGCUGGAGGAGGAGGGGGAGGAUCAUGUUAA